AUAGAAAGAGCGAGAGAGAAAGGCUUUCUAACCCAUCCAAUCCAUUAUUUCCCCUUUCCAUCGAUUCUUUCUUUGUUUCCAGUUAUGAAUGCGGCUUGCUACGACUAUUUUUCUUCAAGCUUUGAUGCGAGAAAAGGAGCAGCGUAUUCGCCGACAGAGAAAGAGAAGACCAGAUCUUGGACUUGCAAGCUCUCUCGAGGGAAUCACUUUUAGCUAACUUUCGAGAAAGUUUAGAUCCAAUCCAGAGAGUUCGAGUUCGAUCUCUGUAGUCAAGUCUAAGACAGUUGAUUCGGCUUUCUAGCCCUAGAAAUCAGUCCACUAGAAACGGAUGCAAUAAUUCUAAUAGAAGGGAGUCUUCUUUUUCUGUCAUCGGUUACUGAACCUAAUACAUUGAUUUGACUUUCAGGAAACCCCGCUGUAGUUGGAUUGGGGAUAAAGAUCAGGUAUGAAGAUGUUAUCGAAAACUUCUAAUAAAAUCUUUUUUAUACUGGAAAAGAAAAAAGACAGUCUUGCAAAGGAGUGGAAUCUCAGACUUACUGCAAGUUUUUAGAGUCUAAGUACGGGACUCUCCUGUGAUCCUUCAGGUAACACACUUGGUUAAAUAUUUAACUUGUAAACAGGCAAUUCCAAAAAGCAAUUUCAUAAGAGAAGAAAUCAAUCUCGUAGCGUAGAAAAGAAAGAACGUUUUGAUUCGUCGCCCUAGAAACUGUAGUAGGCUUAAUGCAGUGAAUCGUUAGGUUAUUAUAUAUUAACAUUUGAAUUACUAUUACAUUCCACCUUCCCGAAGUAUUAUGGAGCGACAGCCCAUUGUAACACUUACUAAACUUAUUAAAGAUUUGGCUAACAUUAUUGUAGCUCCCCCACUCUAUACUCCGGCUCAGCAGCAGGAGCAGGCCAUUCUUUCGGCAAAAAAUGCCAUUGAUGCGAUGACGCAAAGUCUAUUAAAUAAACACAAUUUCCCCCUAUCCCCUAAUUGGAAUAUACACGAAUUGACAGCACACAUAAUAGAAGAAGACAAUCUUAAUAACUUAGCUUUCUUAAUGGAUACCGUGCAAGACCUUGCUACUUAUGGCGCGACAAGUGAAUUCUUCAUAAGUACUAUCCGCCUUUUAGAACAAGGUGGGGCUUGGGGUUAGGUAAUUUUUUUGGGCUUUGAAGCAACCUUUCUUUUUUCGGUAUGCCGCUCCGCGAGCAAGGAGUGCCACGCACGAGCGGAGCGAAAACAAAGCAGGGGGAAUUCUUCGUUGGGUGAAAUCCUUUGAUUGCAUAUUGAAUAUAGAUCCAUGUCUUUCUUGUUCCACUAGCUAGGACCCAAUUAUCACAUGUCCGUUUCGUUAUUACAACCUUUUUUUU